UGUUUGUUGUCUGUUUUUCGCCAGCUUGCAUGUGCAAUUAAUUUAUUUUUUUAAUUAUUCCCGUAGCUUUGCUUAGUGGGCGUGACAGCCAAAACCAUGUGAGCACAAAGAAAGUGACACAAGUGUCUAGCCGCAGCAUCAACUAAUUUAAGAUAAAGUGCAAUAUUUACACAUAUACGUAUUUUUUAAAAUAUAAGUGCGACGAUUUCGUUAUAAAUAAACUAAACUGCCAAAUAAAGAUAAUUAUGGCGGUCCUACAGCACGGAUAUAAGGACAUCAUGUUUGUCUACUUGGAGGCAUUCAAAAAGGAUUUCGAUUGCAAGGAUGUCCAGGAUUCCCUUCACAGUAUUUUGUCAAAGGAAGAAAUCGAGAGAAUCAUCAAAAGCAAGGAUGCCGAGAGGGCAACGUAUCGACUCUUUUGGUCCUUGCUCGCCAAGCCCGAGUCGCUGGUGAAGGACUUCGUCGAGGAGGUUUUGAAUCCGAAAGAUCAGCCAAACUACGAAUUCCUGACAGCUGCCCUACAGGCUGAAUACCAGCGACCUAGCAUAAUAACCAAAAUGUACAUCGAGCAGCGGGAUCGCCUCUAUAACGAUAACCAAGUCUUCGCCCAGUACAAUGUCAACCGUCUGCAGCCGUAUCUGAUGUUGAUGAACGCUCUGCUUAUGCUCAGGCCUGCCAAAAAUGUGGUUAUAGAUGGUGCACUGGGUUCCGGAAAACAGUGGCUAGCUCUGGACGUUUGUUCUUCGUUCAAUGUUCAGCACGCCAUGGACUUUAAAAUCUUUUGGCUGAACAUGAAGAACUGCACCAGUCCCGAGUCUAUUCUGGAAAUGCUACAGACCCUGCAGCAUCAGAUAGACCCCAAUUAUUCACCGCGUAGUGAUCCGCCCAGCAAUAUCAAGCAACGGAUUCUGAGCACCCAAGAGGAACUGAGACGCCUGCUGAAGAGCAAGCCCUACGAGAACUGUCUUCUGGUCCUUCGGAAUGUCCAAAGCGAGAAGGCUUGGAGUGCCUUUAACCUGAGCUGCAAAAUCCUUCUGACGACGAGAUUCAAGCAGGUCACUCAGUUUCUAUCGCCGGCUACCACAACUCACAUUUCCUUGGACGAUCAUUCGCUGAUGCUGACACCAGAUGAAGUGAAAGCCUUGUUCCUCAAGUACAUUCACUGUAGUCCGCAGGACUUGCCAAGGGAAGUGCCUACGAAGAAUCCGCGAAAACUAAGCCUGAUUGCCGAGAGCAUCAAGGAUGGUCUGGCCACUUGGGAAAACUGGAAACAUGUUAAUUGUGACAAGCUGGCGACCAUCAUCGAGGGGGCGCUUAAAGUUCUUGAGCCGCUCGGCUACCGGAAGUUGUUUGAUAGACUGUCCAUAUUCCCUCCCUCCGCCCACAUACCCAUCAAUCUCCUAUCUCUGAUUUGGUUCGACGACAAAUCCAGUAGCGAAGAUGCGAUGGUAGUGGUGAAUAGGCUUCACAAAUACUCUCUAGUGGAGAAACAUCCUGAAGAGUCGACCAUUAGUAUACCCGCAAUAUACUUGGAGUUAAAAGUGGAUGGUGACGAUCAUGCCGCGUUGCAUCAAAGGAUUGUUGAUCACUACAACAUCACAAAGGCAUUCGACCAUGACGACUUGAUUCUGACCUCCCUGGAUAGAUAUUUCUAUAGCCACAUUGGGCAUCAUCUUAUGGCUAUUGAGCCAACCGAAAAGGUGGCUCUGUUUCGAAAGGUUUUCCUCGAUUUUCGCUUUCUGGAGCAAAAGAUUCGACAUGAUACGACGGCUUGGAAUGCCUGUGGAUCUAUUCUAGAUACCCUGCACCAGUUGAAAUUCUACAUGAAGCACAUUUGCGAUAAUGAUCCUCAUUUCGAAAGAUUGGUAAAUGCCAUAUUAGAUUUUCUGCCAAAGAUAGAAGAGAAUCUUAUUCGUUCCAAGUUCACGGAUCUCCUGAGAAUUAGCCUAAUGGACCAAGAUGAAACCAUUUUCGGAGAGGCAUGUCGGCAGGUUCAACAGUUCAAGGACCGCGUUUGGUUUUUAGACCAUGGUCGGUUUCAUCAGCGUCGGCAGAUCAUCAAUUUGGGCAACAAGGAAGUGCGCCUGGUUCUGUAUUUGAACGACGAUUUCUGCCUUAUGGCGUUGGCUGGUCAGGAGCUUCUCCUCACCGAUGUGUCGCUGGAAGCAGAGGACACCUACCUCCUUAAGGACGAAAACGACAGCAGUGAAACUCUAAGGAUGGAAGUUUUUAACAACCAGAAGCACUUGAUCACUCUGCAUAGCAACGGCAGCGUCAAGCUCUGGACACUAUGGCCCGAAUGUUCGGGUCGACGCCACAGUGCCGGCAGUCGACAAAGAGUGCGGCCCCCUGGCUCGGCUCACCUCCGCAAGCCCACCGAGACUCGCGGCCCCAAACAGCUGGUAAACAGUGCAGUGAAACGCCUGAUUGUCAGUCAUUUCGACCAAAAAAUCACAGCAUUUUAUUUAAACGAGGAUUCACUGUCUGGUAACAAGACGCAGCUUCAUGUGGCCUUCAGCAACGGAGAUGUGAACAUUCUAGAGUGGAAUGAGAUCGAUCAGGUCUUUAAAAAAACACAAACGCCGACUCUAAACACAAAUCAGCUGGAAAUACGAUCCAUUGUUCAGGUUCUUAAACGAUACUAUGUGGUAGUCACCGAAGAUUCGACGCUAACUGUCUGGGAUCUGUUCAAUAGCUUCGGUGACAAGCCGGAUCUACCAGGCUUCGAUGUUCGAAAUGACACCCUGUUGGCCAUGGAGGCCUAUGACGAGAGAAAUGAAAAUGCCACCGUCUUGCUAAUCUUUAAACACACUGUUUGGCGGCUGAAGUUUAUACCGGGACGCCUGGUAGUUUUAGAUCAGGAAGCCGUGGAGCUUUCAGAAGGAAACUACAUCACCUGUGGCAAACGUUCGGCGGACGGCAACUACCUUUUGCUGGGUACCAUUGAGGGUUUAAUUGUGUACAAGUUCGAUAGCGAUGAUCCGGUUCUCCGGAGCAAUGUCAGCGAGCAAAUAGAAUGCGUGGAUAUUUAUGAACUGGAUGAUCCGGCGUUCAAGUACAUUGUUUUGUGCGGAGCCAAGGGCAAGCAGGUUCUUCACGUUCACACCUUGCGCGCCGACCCACACAAUAGGAGAGGAAUCGUCUGGGUGCAUAGCGCAGACGAGGCCAGUGUAAAGACCAGCGCCCGCUUAGAACCGAACAUCUACCUCCGAUCGCUGAUGGACAUGACGAACGAAAGAUCUCAGCUUCUGGUGGUCGACUCGAAAGAGAGAAUCCACCAGAUCGAAACAGCUUCCGAUCCAAAUGCCCGUCGCAGAUCGAGCAUUUCGACGUGGUCCACAAUUACCCCAACCCACGGGGCCUCCAAAAUGAGGAUUACUGCCAUAUCUUCCCACGACCAUGAGCAUAUUUUCGCUGGCUACGCGGAUGGCGUGAUAAUCGAUGUCAACCGGGAUGAAGUACUGCCACAGGAGUUUAUAACUGAACCCAUUGACUACCUCAAGCAAGUUAGCUCCAACGUGCUGGUGGCUUCGUCCCACGAUGCUCAGAAGACUGUGAUAUUCCAGCUGAAGGAAGCGGAUAACGAGCAAUGGCCCCUCUAUUUAAAUAUAGGAACUAAGUACGCAUGUCUAGUUGGAGGUCCUUUUCUUGUAUUGUUCUCCGACCACGGGGUGUCUCAUGUGGACUUGACCAACCCUUCAGCCUUCGUUAGACCCGAGGAAUCCGACGAUUUCUUGGUUGGCUUUGAUUUAAAGAAUGGUCUUCUCUUUCUUGCUUACGGAAACAAUUACAUCGAGGUGUUCCGGUUAGUCUUCAGUGAUUCUCACCUGUCGUACAAACUGAUUUGUGAGGAAAAGAUCGUACAAAGGGAUAAGAUCACCUACUUAGCGGCCAGCGAGGAUGGAACUAUGUUUGGCGUGGGAUUUAGGAAUGGGAUUAUAGAGCUUUUCUCACUGGAUGACAGACAAAUAACUCUGAUCAAUAGUAUUCAGGAGGUCCAUGAGCGUCCUAUCCGCCAGUUGCGAUUCUCGCCCUGCAAGCUACUGCUGAUCAGCUGCGCCGAACAGUUGUGCUUCUGGAAUGUGACCCAUAUGCGCAACAACCAAGGAGAGCAGCGCCAAAAACCGAGCCGCAGCCGCCGCAUCAAACUGCACAGUGUGGCCCAUGAAGACUCCGUGGAUGCGGCUCCGAUUGCUUCCGAUUCUGAUGCAGAGACGCCCAUGUUGCCGCGUCAGUCCUUGGCCGACAGCCAGAGGGAGGCGGAACUGUGGUUAAAUAAGCGGGGAAAUGCUGACCGGCCGGAGCUUCUAGCCUGCAUAAAGUUCGUUGGAGAUGAAGCCCGGCAGUUCUUUACCGACAGCACGUUCUCCAAGUUCUAUGUCAUCGACGACGAAGGUGUCUAUUAUCACCUGAUAUUGCUGGACCCAAGUAGACUACAGCUCCCGGAACAAAGUAUGGAGAAGAUUACCGAUCGUUCACUGGAUCAGAUUGGAGAUCUGCGAUAUGAGGAGUAUCUGCGAAUUGUUGAAAGCCCAACCGGGCAGACUGAAGACAGCGAGGGAGCCGAUGUCGUGGGUAGUUUAGUCCUGGACAAAAAUAGCACAAUAGAUGACAUUGAUUUGGAACCGCCAAACACGAUACUCGAGGAGCACACCUCAUGACGCCAGUGGUGCGCCUCUUUGGGGCGCACAAAUCUGGAUAGUGAACCCUACAACAUGGCAUUUAUAGGCUUACUUAUCUAUUACCUAGUGGUAUUGUUAUUCUACCUCCUGGGACCCGAUUUGUCCUAGGCAACUGUUCGUCUGUAUGUAUAGUAAUCAUCAAACAAAAAGUCAUAUCUCAGAGGGUGCGCGGGGGCGUUGUCCUGCCUUUUGUUGGCAACCCACCCACCCACUAUACCGCGAAAUAAACGACAUUUUA